CAAAAAUCAAAGAAAGAGCUCAAAUCUAUGGUCAAGAACCUAAAGUCGUAAAAACUGCCAUGAAAAACCACCCAUAUUGUUCAACGAGUCAACUCAGUCUAAGCUCGGUUACGCAUCCAUGAAAACCGGUCUUCGUUUAAACGAUUUCUUCUGGUUUGAACGAGACAAUGAUGGCCAAUCGAGAAAAGUGGGAAGUAUCCGUCGUUUAUACUCACAGACAAUCAUUUGUUUGUAAUUUUUACGAGAAAUAGCGGAAAAGGAAAAGCAAACAUGGCCAACCAAUAUAAAGGACAACAGUACCUUUUCUCUCAUCAGGUAUCUCUCCUUUUCUACACAACUUUUUUCUCUGAUAAUCAUUACCGCCACACACUCAAAUCACUCUUUAUACAUGUAUCUACAUACAUUCUAUAUGUAUACAGCAAAUGCAAUUUGACAAUCUCACCCCUUCUUCUAUUCUUCCUUUGUUAUCAUUGAAUCUACAUCUAUGAUUGUUGAGUAAUUAUUGCAUUUGUGUAGUUCAUGUGCUCAUUGUAAAUAAAGUUGAGUUUAUGUAUAUGCAGAAAGAAGAGGAAGAGAAGGAGGAGUUUGAUCUGGGAUCUGACGAGCCUGAGAUCCCAUUUCCCUUUAACAUUACUUCUCGGGUGCUUUAUAUGUUGGGGGAUAUAACGGCAGGGCCGGCGUAUCGGUUUACAGAAUGGCUGGAGCUGGUCCGCAAACGAAGUAGCAAGAUUCGCUCCUCCGGGUUCCCUCAUCGUCCUCACAGAGUUGAGACUAUGCUCUCCAGCCCAGAAGAAUCAAGUUCAGAUGUAAAAGACCCUCCACCUUCUGAGCAAGCGGCGGCAGAAUUGAGUUUGUGGGAUAGACUUGGCAAUGCUGUGAUGUUGGACAUCGAAUCAAGCGCCUUGUCCUGGAGAAUGCUCGCUUCCCUUCACCACACAGAGCACAACAGUAGUACUGAACAGUCUGAGGAUGAAAUGAAUAAAGCACUAGAGGUCACUGUUAAUUCUGGGGGUGUGGUUUUUUUUGCACUAUUCAAUCAGCCUCAAGAUGACGAAUCUCCUUCUCCAAAGGAAGCUGUAGCUGUUAUAAAGAUAUCAUCUUCAAGGAUGGCCACUCAAUCAGAGCGCCUCGGUUAUGAAUUUGCCAAGUGGCUAGGUGUUCGGACCCCACAAGUUGUACCUCCUCUCUUUUACAGAUUAAGUUAUCGCUGUGGGGGCAUUUGGUUACCUACUCCUUAAAAUGUUCCACUUAGUCCAAUGACUGAAGUUAUUUUCACCUUUGGUCCUUGACUUUCAUUUUUUCAUUUUGGAUGCACGACUGGUGAUUUACUGCCACUUUUGGCCCCUCUGAUCAUAUAUCUGGCCAAUUUCUGUACACUUUAAGUGAUAUAAAGACCAAAAGAGGCAAGAAGUCCAUUGUCAUUCCAUAAAAACAGGAACGAAUGAAAGUUGCGAAGCCAAAAAUGAAAAUUUCCUUACAGUUGUGUGAUCAGUAGUGUAGUUUUAUCUCUAAUCACAUUCUAUUGUUGGAUUAGGUGUGCAGUCAUUUUUGAAAUUGCGUGCAAUGUUUAGUUUCACUCAAAUGUGCGCCACCAUGCAAAGCACGGGUUAUUCACAACUGUAUUCCGGAGUGGUUGCAGAUAAAAGAUGCCGCAGAGAAAGCUAAAGAAGCGGCUAUAUCAGAAGGAGAUGAAAUUGGUGAAAUGACAUGCUCAGAACUUCUAGAAGCUCUUGAAUUAAGCCGUUGCAUUUUACUAAUGAACUAUAUACACGGAUCGCCUCUGUUAGAGAGCUCAAAUGCAUUUGAUUCCCAACAAUCUGCAGAAAAAAUAGCAGCUGCUCUAGGAAGGGUCAUGGUUUUGGACCUCGUCAUAAGAAAUGAAGACCGCCUUCCAUGUCGCCAUCUGAGAUGGCGUGGAAACUCAGCAAACUUACUGUUAUCAGAUAAGGUGGGUGAUGUGGAAGCUCCUGAGUCGGCCUUCAACUCUCUAAUCAAUAGAUGCAGACCUAGCAUGAUAAAAGCGUUUCAAAAAGAAAGAAGAGCCACUUCAAUAGAUGGCAAAAUUACCCCUCCCACUUCGGGUUUAUUACCACAACGCUCUGAUCUGUCCGACGUGGCAGAGUCUCCGAAAUCAAGCAAUUUGAGUGUUAAAAGUAUAAACUUAGGCGAAGAGAAUAGGUCUUUAGAUGAUUCAACGUCUCCGGAAUUUCAUAUCGUGGCUAUAGACUCGGGGGUUCCACGCAGGCCACCAGCUGGCAAACGUGCAAAUGACCAUGAAUUUUAUCCUAAGCUGGUUGAGCUCAUUAUUAACAGUUAUGAGUAUUCAUCUAAUAUCCUUCAUGAGAUAACAGGAGGAAAAUUAGGGUUUCCUCCUAACGACUCUGAGAUGAUGACUGCCGAUUCUCAUUUGGCUAAUAUGAGCCUUGUUAUUCAUGAAUUUCGAAGUGGAUUUCGUGCAGCUUUACGAGAUUUACAAGGAUUUCAUAUAUUUCUUCUCACACUUCAUCAGAAACUGGAAAACCUCUUGAGAGUGCUUCUCACCAUUAUUGACAGAGCUUCUUCUUCCGGGGAUCUUGAGAAGGAAGAAAUGACGGUUCCUGAGUCACCACCGCCUAGUAGGGAAGCGGCAGUUGGUGAAAACAAUGUUGAUUCAAAUGAUUCAGAAUUGCCAAGGGUAACACCUAAGCCAUCGUCAUCUUCAGGGUGUAAGGAGAGCUCGGAUGGCGGUUCUCCGGUUGCGCGUGAGGGUUGCCAGGGGAAGUUUAGGGGUAAUGGAGAACCUCUGCAUAGUUUGCGUUUGGCAUCGAAACUACGUGACUUCCACAAAUCUGCUAAGGUUGAUGCAGAGCUAAACAAAGAGUUAGAACAAUGGAAUGAAAUGCUGAAGAACGAUGCUAUUAAGUUAUGCAUGGAAAACAAUUUCAAUACAGGCUUCUUUGAAGGCAGUGAUAAUAAUUACGUGGUUGAUGCAUAUGAGCUGAAGGUAAGGCUUGAGCAUAUUCUUGACAGAAUUGUGUUGAUAUCUAAUGCUGCAAACACCGAAAAACCAUCAGCAGUUUCGGAGACCCUUUUCAUUGGUGGGGCCCUUGCUGCUAGAUCUGUGUACACUUUGCAACACAUAGGAAUCACUCAUGUAUUGUGCCUUUGCACCAAUGAAAUUGGACAAUCGAACUCUCAGUAUCCCGACUUGUUUGUGUACAAAAACUUUUCUAUAUUUGACAACGAGGACAGCAACAUCAGCGAUCUCUUUGACGAAGCACACGAUUUCAUGGAUCACGUUGAAAAAAUUGGUGGUAAGGUUCUUGUUCACUGCUUUGAAGGAAAAAGCAGGAGUGCGGCUGUUGUCCUUGCGUAUUUAAUGCUGAGAAAAAGCUUCACACUUUCCCAAGCAUGGAAUGCACUGAAGAGAGUGCACAGACGUGCCCAACCAAACGACGGCUUUGCGAGGCUUCUAUUGGAACUGGACGAGAAGUUGCACGGAAAGGUUUCCAUGGAAUGGCAACAACGGCGGCCGACAAUGAAGGUGUGCUCCAUUUGUGGGAAGAAUGCCGGGCUGAGCAGCAGUUCGCUGAAACUCCACUUGCAAAAAGCACACCGGAAGCUUUCUUCUGGAAGUGUGGAUAGUGCCAUGACCAUGGAGAUUCAGAAAGCCAUGGAUGCACUGAAACUCAGUCGUAGUGGGAGUGUCAGUCCUACACACAGAAAUCCUAACCCAAACAUGGUUGAGUAACCGUGUACAUUUGACCGUUAAUGUUUGGCUUCUGACACUUGUGUAUUUAUUAUUAUUGCGUGUGUGUGCGCGCACACACAUAUAUAUAUAUAGAGAGAGAGUCCUUUUCUUGUCCAGCCGGCCUGACGGGAACUACCGUCCGGCCGAGGGCAUUUCGGGCACUUCCCGAUGGUAUUUUUUGAUGAAAUUUUUUUAGCAUGUUUUUCAUGAAGUCUAGUUUAUCCAUACCAAAUUUCAGCUAAAAAUUCAAUCGGGAAGGCAUUCAAAUAAUUUUUUGAAGUUGACUGCGUCAAAGUAUAUAUGUGUGUGUGUGUGUGUAUAUAUAUAUAUAUAUAUAUAGGGGUGAGAUCCCAU